CCAGGACUAUGAAACACUUCGACCGUGCUUAGGUUGGGUCUCUGCCGAAACCGUCCGAAAAACCCUCAUGGUCACCACGCAGCAUGCCCGAGAAGUCUACAACGUCCCGCUACGCAAGCAUUUCAAGUCACGUUUCCCAGCCUUAGACGUGCAUCGUCGCAACGAGCCCGUCGCCACUGAUACAAUCUGGUCUGACACACCCGCUGUGGAUAAUGGCGCCAAGUUUGCACAACUCUUUGUCGGCCACCGAUCUCUUGUCACUGAUGUGUACCCGAUGAAAACCGAUAAAGAAUUUGUCAACACCCUCGAAGAUCACAUUAGAUACCGUGGCGCAAUGGAUAAACUGAUCAGUGAUCGUGCUCAGGUUGAAAUCAGCAAAAAGGUCACUGACAUUACACGGGCUUAUAACAUCGACCAAUGGCAGAGCGAACCCAACCAUCAGCAUCAGAAUUUUGCCGAACGUCGUAUUGCCACUAUUGAAGCAAACACCAACAAUAUUCUCAAUCGUACCGGUGCCCCUGAUUCCACUUGGCUUCUUUGCGUCACGUACGUUUGUUGCGUUUUUAACCAUUUGGCGCAUGAGUCCCUCGACAACCGUACACCCCUCGAGAUCUUAUCUGGUUCCACACCUGAUAUCAGUGUUCUCCUUCAGUUUCAUUUUUGGGAACCCAUUUAUUAUCGCCUCGAAGAUGCGACAUUCCCUUCUGAUGGUACUGAGCAACGAGGACAUUUUGUUGGCAUCGCGGAUUCCGUGGGAGAUGCACUUACUUAUAAGAUCCUCACUGACGGCACCAACAAAAUUCUGUACCGUUCUAGUGUUCGUUCUGCAACCAUCCCAGGAGAAACCAACCUACGCCUUACACCACAGGAUGGGGAGCGUGGUCCCAAGCCCAUUAACUUUAUCAAGUCGCGUAGAACCGAAAAUCAAAAUUCCUAUGCCAUAAAGGAGUUGCCUGGUUUCACACCCGAUGACCUCAUUGGUCGUACGUUCCUCACCGAUACUCGUGAUGAUGGGGAGCGUCUGCGGGCACGAAUCACUCGAAAAAUACUUGAUCCAGACAAACCUUCGGAUAUCAAUGUGAGUCAAGGUGGGAAUCGUGGUGGGAUUGUUUCCUUUAUGUCGGCCUUAUUGUACGACCCGAUGUAUACGUGGUAUGACCAGAGUCGUCCCACAUCGGAAGCCACGGAAAUUGAACCCAAGGAUGGAGAAUAG